AGAAAAAAAACUUAACAAGUUUAAAAAUUGUUAAAAUGUGACCGCCGUUGAGAUAAUUUGAGAAGGGUUUGAGUACAAUCAAGAUGGCUGAAGCUUUGGCCAGACCAAAGACAAUCAUUGCUAACAGCCAGGUCAUCAGAGAAACAAAAAGUGGCCCUCCUGUUAAAGGGAAAGAGACUAGGAAGAGUAAAGCAGCUCUGGAAGAGAAAGGUACAGUUCUAGUAAGACAGCCUCUACCAAAAUACAACUUUCAAACACAAAUAAGAAAACCAGUGGAAAGCAACAAAGGGGAAACAAAAUAUGUCCAACCUGUAGCAAAUGUAGAGCCUUACCCCAGAGAAAGCUCUUCAGAAAAUGGAGGUAAACUUGUGUACAAGGUCAGUCCUCUUAAGGCAGGGGAAGUGGACAUAUCUAAUAAGAGUGGAGAUGAAAAGGAGGGCCUUAGAGUGAGGACAGCUCCUGUGUUGAUGGAGGAAAGUGGUAGGAAUAAUGCUGAGGAAACAGGAGGAGGACUAGAAUCUGAGGAGAUAAAGAAACUCAGGCAAGAAAACACAGAGUUGAGGAAGACAAUGGACACUCAGAUUGCCAGUCUAACAAAACAGCUGGAUGUACAGCUUCAGGUUAACACAGAGCUAAAGAAACUGUUGGUGGCAUCAGUAGGAGAUGACCUACAUUUCACAAUGGAACAUCUAGUUAGAGACAAAGCUCAGCUGUCCAAGGAACUGGGACAUUUCUCUAAGAAGUUGUCAGAUGACUAUGAACAUAUGGAUAAAAUCUCUAUCCAGGCAGACAUGUGGCGGAGCAAGUUCUUAGCCAGUCGGGUGAUGAUUGAUGAGUUGGCUGCAGAUAAAGCUUACUUUGCGAUGCUCUGCCAGGAAUCCCAGCAUGCUUUACAACAGCUGCUAAACGAUAGGCAUGAACUGAGGAGAAACCUGUUUGAGACCUACAAGAGUUUAGAACAAAUAAGAUCUGCAUUUGACCCACUGACUGCCAAGAAAACCCCAAAGUUACCCUCCACAAAUGCCUUGGACCUGGCGCGUAUGAAUCAGAGACUGACAGAGAAUAUUCGUUAUCGACUACUGCCCCAUGACACUGUGAUUCAGAUAGAACCCACCCCACCAUGGGAAGACAACCUCACACUGGCAGAAUCGUAUGCCCACCAGCUCUUGUCCAGAGAAACAGAAAAGGAAACCAAUCAAAUGACCUUGACCUCUGCUGUUGCCAGCCGUUACCAUCCUUAUGCCAAGUUUGACAAUCUGACCUUUAACUGCUGCGAAAAAUGCAAAGGAGAACUGACUUCUGUGUGAUUGUAAGCACUGUAUGAUUUAUGAUCUUUUUUAAAAAGUUAGACAAAGGUAUUAUUAAAAUCUUGUUCUUGUCAUGUUCAUGCUACUGUUGUAUUGAACCUACGAAAGGAUUUGAGUCUUGACAUCUAAAAUAGAUUUUUAAUGUUUUUAGAUUUCAACAAUUAUACGCUUUCACAAGAUAUUGAAUUAUUUUUAUUUUUUCACUGCAUUUGUAAUGGAUUUGUCAUGAAUGGAAAGAAAUCAAUUUAAAAGUUGUUCAUAGUAACAUGUAAUGCAAUGAUGGUUAGAUAUUCUAUUAUUCUAUUUGAGGUCAUUUAUUGUAAACACCUAGUUGAUUUCUAUGUUUUUUUUUCCUUUUUAUCAAACCCUGUUCACUGAUAUUAUGACUGCAUUUUGAUACAUGUAUUGUAAUAAAAAGCUGUCUUGGCAUUAUUAUAAGACUGAGAAUGGUAAUGUGGAAGAAAAAAAUCUUCACUUAAUCAAUUAAAGUCAAACCUCUUUAUCUUGAAUGUCAUGGGACUGAGAAAAAAUUUGAGAUAGUUGAGAUUUUGAGAUAUUGAGUUUAAAAAAACAGAAGGAAAAGGUGGAGGGGACUUUCAGUUUACAUUGACAUAUCCAUGGUAUACGAGCUAUCAAUGUUUGAGAUAUUGAAGGUCAACUGUAUAAUCUGGUCUCAUUUUUUUUUUUUUUUAAUAAUUUUCUUUCACUACCUUGGUUUAAAAGCCCAUGUGAUAAGAUAUUAAAACAUUUCAUCAAAAGAUUAUGUCAAUCACUUUAAUUCAUGUAUGUCAUUGCUACUCAUGCAAAUAUUUCCAGGUUUUAUGAAAAUAAUCUUUCAUACUGAAUAGAGAAUACAGCUUUAGAUAUGUCCAAGUGAUGAACUUGUUGUAAUCAUAUAAUUAUGAAUCAUUUUUAUUAUUGUAAAUAACAUUUUUCUUUGUGAGAACUAUAUUUGUAUAA